AAGUCCAUUCGCGCACACAUACAUGCCCAUUGCGAAGUAAACAAACUCACAUUGGAUUGGAUCGCCUGUGUUAGCGUAUCAAUUCUCGCUGUGCUCGUGGCCAAAAUCAAUGGGUCUGCACUGAACGCCAGCAAUUAUCAGUACCAAGUGGUGGCCGAGCAGAGAGCGCCAGACGAUUCCCAGAUCGAAUAUAUAUUCCUCCAACAGUCGGAUAUGAUGAAGGUAUGGGGCACAAAUCUCACUGCCAUUACCUGGGCCCAUGCCGUCAACAGCCAGCAAUUGCUGGACGAGGUCCUAACCGAAACCAGUGGCAUUGACUUCAUCGAAGCGGACAUUGUGCUGGGCAAACUGAAUGGCGAUGGCGAGGACAUGCCCAUAAUGGCCCAUCCGCCGGCCAAUGUCUCUGAUCUUACGCUGGCGGAUUUUCUCUACCAGAUCAUUAAUUUCAACCGGGAUCAUGAGGACCAAAAAAAGGGUGUUAAGCUCGACUUCAAGUCGAUCGAGGUGUUCGAGGGUUCCCUGGACAUUCUGGAUGUGAAUAUUCCGAACCCUACCACGUAUCCUGUGUGGAUAAACGCCGAUAUUCUAAGUGGUCCCGUGGAACAGAAUAGGACCGUGCCCGUUGAUGCGGACCGAUUUUUCGCCGGCUGUAUGCGCUACAAACAGGCAGUGCUCUCCAUCGGCUGGACAACUAACUGGGGAGCCGACUUCCGGGAUGGCGAGUACACGCAGCAGCAGUGCGAUGACAUGCUGGAAACGCUGAGCGGGAACAAUGUCCUAUCCACUGGCCAGGCCAUAACCUUUCCCGUGCGCGCUGGCAUUGCCGCCAAUAGCGAGGAGCAACUGCAUCGACUGGUGGCCGCGGUAAAUGAGACAAACGAGAGCACCCUGACCAUCUGGUCGUCUGCCGGUGACUAUGUGGAUGUGGAUAAGUUGCGAAAGCUGAUCUUCAGCUUCGGGUUGGACAGAGUCUAUCUGGAUGUGCAGGAGGAGCUGGCCUCACAAUUGAACCUGGACAAUCCCGGCAACGGAGCCAGCACCUUCAAAUCCCUGUUUGGCUUCAGUUUCGUGAGCCUUUGUUUUUGGGCGCUGUCUAGCUGGAUGCAGCAGUUAUAAUAUACGUAAAUAAUAUAAGUACGGUAAUCAGAGCAAUUUUUAUACAACUUCCAGAAAACACCAUUAAAACUUAUACUUUUA